AUGGAGGGUCGCAGCGUAUCCGAGCUAUUCGUCAAAGGAAAGCAGAGGUGGGACGAGGACCUCGUUAUGCGUGUAUUCGGGGAGCAGUUGGCCGAGCAGGUUCUAGCCAUGCCGAUCACGGAGAGAGCGACAGCAAAUAGGAGGGUGUGGAGUAUGACCGGAUCGCCAAUGGUGAGGGUGGCCUGGAAGUGCCUGCACACUAGAGCAGUACUGGGGAGGCAGGGUGUGAGGAUCCCGACAGCUUGUGUGUACUGCCUGGAGGUUGAGGAAUCCAUUUAUCACGCCCUCAUCGGUUGCCCACGGGCCAGUCAGGUGCGGCAUUAUGCUUCGACCCAGGUAGACCAGUGGCAGAGGUGGUUGUCCAUUGAGGACCUUUCGCAUUUUCUGGAGGCCUCGGUACGGAGCUCUGAGUCAGAGAAGAGGGGGACUCGAGCUGCCUAUCUGGCCUACCCGUGCUGGCUAGAUAGGAAUGCACAAGUUUUCGAGGGCAACAGCUCUCAUCCGAGGGUGAUAGCGGUUAGAGCGCUUUUGCAUGUGAUGGAGAUCCCCGGCACUGCAGAGGAGCCUCCACCCCCUGAUUUUCUGAAGGUGAACUUUGAUGGUAGUAUAGCUAAUGACGGAAGAUGCAGCGGUGUGGGUUUCACCAUUCGAGACCACGAUGCCAGACUAGUUGCGGCAGGAGGUUGGCGGAUUUUUGACUCGUCAGUGGCAUGUGCUGAGCUUAGAGCAGCCGGGGAGGGUAUCUGCUGUGUGAGGCAGGCACUGGGUGCGAACCGUAUCAUUUUUAAGGGGAUUCGGUCAUGGCGGUUGAGUAGAUCUGGGGUCGAGGAUGCAUUGCUGAGGAUCAACCGCUGA